AUGUCGCGCAAACGCCAUAAUACGUCCUCUCCCGAGCUGGACAAGUCACCCCCAGUCAAGCGUCAAAAUAGGAGCGAUUCAGAGGAGGAAGAGAGCGAUGAAGUCCCCUAUGUCAACCAAUUCAGCGGACAAUUCGGUGCUUUUCCUGGGCUUGGAGAGGACCAGGGUGAAUUGUUCUUUGGGCCUGCUGAUAAUGGAAUGGACUACUUGAGAAUGGUGCGGUCAGAAGCCAAGGGUGUCCCGCCUGUUAUGACUGCACAGAUACCGUCUGCACCUGUGGAUGAACUCGAGGAGGGCGAGGAGAUAGAAGAAGGAGGAUAUUACUACAACGGCGCAUACACAGCAAAUCAUCAGAUUGUCACAACAGUCGAAGCAGAACCUCCCUUACCGCCUGCUCAAAUCGAAUACUACAGCUCGCUCCUCGCACAAUUCAGACUGGUCCGUGCCACGUUAAGAUGUCAACCACCUCUCCCAGCUGUUGAAGCACUUCGUCCAUCACAAUUCAUAUCAUUUCCGGAAAACACUCGGAAGGUGCGGGCGCAGUGGGAAAGUCAUAUUCUGUCUACGGACCCUCAUCCUGUUCAGGUUGCGUGUAUGGAUGCAGAGACCGUGGUGGAGCUGGUCAAGUUUCUUGCGGCAAAGCUGGAGAAGAUGCUCCGCACGAGGGACCUUGCGCGGAUAGCGAGGAUCGGAGCUUGGGCGUGGGCAAUUCUAGGCAAGUGUCGAAAUCGUGAGGAGUCGUCGAACGAGGAAGUGGGAGAUAUCCGAGAGUUGGCGCAGACAGCGCUUCGGCUGCAGCAGAUGAGAGACGACGGGCAUAGGACAGAGGGAGAGGACCAGGACGAAGAGGGCGACAACGAGAUCCCUGGUGAAGGGCAAGAUACUGGCGCCAAUGACAUACCCGAGAAGAGACCAAACCUGGAAGCUACCGAUGAAGAAGCAGAGCCUGUCGAAAGCGAUGGAGAUUUGGGUCGACAGAAGUGUGUCAGCGUGAUCUUGGACAUGAUAGUCACGAUUGCCGGCGAGGUGUACGGCCAGAGAGACUUGCUAGAUCUUCGAAGCAGAUGGACUGAGGACGGGUGA